AUGGAGAAGUUUGUGCUCGCACUGAUUUGCCUGCUGAAUGUUCUGGUGUGUUUUGGUACCGGUCAGCACCAUUUACGCGCAGGUGUCGGACCGUGGAGACAGCGGUUUCAGUGGGAGAAUAACGGCCAGGUGUACAGUUUACUGAGCACGGGGACUCAAUAUCGCCCACCUGCGCAGAGCAGAAGACGCACUCAGCUUUUAUUGACAACAAAAAACAAUUUUAACCGACAUCACCCUCCUGUUGCGCUCAGAUCCACCAGAACCAGAUCUGGAGAGCUCGAGGACGCACCCGGGGGUCACUUUCAACAAAAUGACCUCACUCAGACGUCGGUUCUUGGUGUUGAUGCUGGUCACUAUUUACUCGCCCCGGGACGACCUGGGGCACGUCAGUCCCCACCGCGCAUCGCAACGUCUAGAGAGGCUGUGGCUGUGGGAUACCCUUCUCAUCAGGCACCGUUUAACGGCAGCGCUGCUGCUUUCACCACCAUCCAGGAGUUCUCCGGCAGUGGAGUCCCUCGAGGAGGCCGGAGUACACCUGGACAUGGCGCGCAACAGGCCACAGCGUCACCAGUAAGAUCACCGGACUUUACGCACAGCCGAGGCGGCAGGAUAAACUCACAAUCACCUGCCCGGUCACCUGCUGCAGGUGGAUGGGUCCCCAUGGCUGAGGAUAGUGGGAAUGCUCGGCGCAUUCCACAGCAAACACAUUUAGGAGACGCUCGCAGUGCGCAAAGAGCGCAAUCACUGACCAGAAUCACACCGGAGUCAAACGUUUCUCCCACAGCACUGUCCAGUAACUCCGUAGAAGUACACUUCUCACGCCCAAGGUCGGAUGCAACAGGGACUACGGACAUGGGUGACCCACGGGACCCGCACAGCAUUCAUCACAGGAACUCAGUUUUCUAUAAUGUUUACCCACCAGACCGCAGGAACAGGAUCAGUGUGCGCCCUCCACCAGGACCGGGAUAUGGCACCAGGUUCUUCCACAAUGGUCUCCCAGACUUGGUUCCUGACCCUUACUACAUCCAAGCUGCCUCUUACAUCCAGAGAGUGCAGAUGUACGCGCUUCGCUGUGCUGCUGAAGAGAACUGUCUUUCCAGGUCUGCGUAUCACCCGAGUGUGAAGGACCUGGACUACAGAGUCCUGCUGCGGUUCCCACAGCGUGUGAAGAACCAAGGAACAGCAGACUUCCUCCCAGUGAAGCCCAGACAUGAGUGGGAAUGGCACAGCUGUCACCAGCAUUACCACAGCAUGGAGGCCUUUAGUAACUAUGACUUGCUGGACGUCUCGACUGGACAGAAGGUUGCUGAGGGACAUAAGGCCAGUUUCUGUCUGGAGGACACGUCCUGUGACCCGGGGAUACAACGACGCUUCGCCUGCACUGUUCACACACAGGGGCUCGGCCCUGGUUGCUACGACACGUAUCACGCCAACAUCGACUGCCAGUGGAUCGACAUCACAGAUGUACCACCUGGAAACUACAUACUGAAGGUGACAGUGAACCCGUCUCAGUUGGUUCCGGAGUCAGAUUUCUCUAACAAUGAGGUGCGCUGCGACAUCAGGUACACAGGAAGCUACGUCCAGGCGAGGAACUGCAGGAUCACUGUAAGCUGACCUGACUGAAGACUAAAUAAGUCUCAUAGAAACAUACUUAAUACUUUCUUGUUGCUUUAUAUGAACAGUUGCUGCUCUGUUGUGCAGCUGUUUUACUCUACAGUGUUUUCUAUUUGUAUUUAUGUCAUGUGAUAUCUUGUAGCUACAACUACGCUAACUAGGUGUUAACUUAUGUUAUUUGUAAGAAUAUACUUUUUUAAGCAAUGCAAGACUCUUCUGUUAGCUGUGUGUGUGUGUGUGUGUGUGUGUGUGUGCAGGAAACUUGAGGAAAGUGUGUUAACAAAUAGAAAGAAAACAAGUUAUUGUUAAAGGAAUACUUUACCCGCUAAAUGAUCAUUUAUAUAUCAAUUACUCACCCUGUGUUAUGCUGAGUUCGGAUAGGAAACCUUGUUUUUCUCGCAUGCCUCCACGGUGAACGAAGAAUCCAAAAACAGAAAAUUCUUGAUGAUUUUAAUAACAGCAACACUAUAUCAAAACAUCCAUAUAAACUCUCAGACAACUCGCGCAGUAUAAUCCAAGUCUCAUUUAUCCAGUCGUAUGCUCAGUGCUUCCCAUACACAUGCAUUUUUAGCUUAAGUAUUAAUAUUUGAAACACAAUGUCCUGUGAGAACUUCUCCGUGUUUUUAGCCACCACCCAGAUUUUCAACGGCGUUUCACCAAACCUCCGGGAACUGUUGACCUAGUAGGUGGAAAAUAGUAGAUAAAGUUAGCUAACGUUAGCUAGUAACGUUAGCCUGAUGUGAGCAGUACAUCUACGUAGCCUAACGUUUCAGAAAAUUACACUCAGGCACUCAGCCAAAAACAGGAUGACAGUCGUUUUAGUUGUGGACUGAACCACAGACAAAAUAGUUGGUCUAUUAGACUCUUGUACGCUUAAUUAUCAACGCGCCUUGUAAGGUUAGCAACGUUAAGAGGCCUGGAGGACAUGGUCAUUUGUAACGAUGAUCGUGUCAGCACUGAUAUGUGCAAAUCUGUCAAGUUUCAGGAAAAUCCCUUUUCCUCGUCUUGUAUGGAUCACAUCCGACUUGCGUUUCAAUUUUCUGAUACUGCCUGCAGGUAUCAUCCAACCUUUUAUGCAGUCACGUUUCUCUAUAUCCAAUUCACGCAGCAUCUACAAUUUUGCUCUUGAUAAUAGUAACAUGAUGCAAACAAGCUAUUCAUCAAGAAUUUUCUCAGCUUUGGAUUCUUCACUUAUCGUGGAGGUGUGUGAGAAAAACAAAGUUUUCUUCCUGAAUUCAACCUAUCAUGGUGUAAUUGAUAUAAUGAUAUUUGGGGGGUGAAGAAUUCCUUUAAGGCAGUGGUUCCCAACUGGUGGGUCGCGGUCCAAAAGUGGGUGACUUGCAAACAUGUCAAGUUUGUAAAAAGAAAAAAACAUUUUUGCAUUGUUGAAGUGCUGUUUCCUGCUGUCGAGUGAAUAACAGACAGCUACUGGACAGAGACGGCAACCUUGCUCGACGACAUGGCCAAAUGCAAGUAUAAUGCUGAAUAUAUUUUAACUGUGUGGACCUUGAACUAAUGACAAAGGAGAAAUCUGGACCUUUUGGCUGGACCAGUUGGGAGCCACUGCUUUAAGGAAGCUGUGUAAAUUCAUUCAGUUGUACUGUUCGACUGAAUUGGUGCUUAUCUUGGAGUCAACAAUGGUGCUCAGCAUUUUGUGUUGUCAGUGAGACCCUCAGUCUAUUAUCGACCACAUACUGUAUGUACUGGAGUGAAAGACUUGUGAAAGUGCUGUUAAAAUAUAAAAACCAAAUACUCUCAUGCAGCAUUUCCAGCAGGAUGGUGUGUAUGAUUUGUGCACAAAUGUACAGUCUGUUCUCUUAUGAUCUAGUCUGAAGGGUAUUUGACUGAAUGGUGUUCUGAUUUUUUAGUAUAUUUAAUA